AAAAAAAAAAAAAAAAAAUUUCUAAUAAAAGUGAAAAAAUAAAAACAAAAACUGUGACAAAAUACAAAAAAAAACAACUUUUUAACAAAAAAACACAUUAUUCUGUGUGUUUUUUUGUUUUAUAUUUUUAUUAAAAAAAAUCAAUUUUUCGUGCUACAAGUGGUUUAAAUAAAAAUCAUUCAAAAUUAUUCUCGAAAUGGAUAUGACCUCAACAGCGGAAGCUGCUCGCAGUUGGUACGAGAAUCCGCGGCUAGGUGGCUCACCAAAUGUCAAUGGCCUAGGGGUGGGCGGCAGUGCUGCCCAUCAGGGCUUAUCCAGCGGUACAUCGGGCGGUUUGGAUGCAUCUGAUAUGGGAGCAUUUUAUGCAUUAGAAAGUAGCAGUCAUCAUAGAAGAUAUUAUUCAACUGGCUAUCAUCCAACACAUGCUUCACGAAUGCCAUCGUCACAUACAUCGCCUCAGGUAUGCCGACCACACUUUCAUCCGCCCUUAAGUUCGUGGCUAACCAGCGAUCAUAAAUCAUUUCCGCCUGGCAGUCCGUGGGGUAGUCCGUUUGCAUGUCCACAGGAUCCGCAGGAUAAAAUUGGCGGCCAAAUACAAAGCCAUCAAACGGGCCAGCAUUCAUUUCCAUUCCCUCCAACACCGCCAAAGGACUCAACGCCCGAUUCAGUACAAACAGGCCCAUCCGAAUAUCAGGCUGCUGUGAACGCUUUCAUGCAUCAAGCACAAGCAUCAACUACCUCACUUAACGAUACAAGUUGCGCUUUGGAUAUUAAACCAACGAUACCAAAUGGUGUCGGUGGUGGCGGAGGUGGAGGUGGAGGAGGCGGUGGAGGUGGUGGCAUCGGUGGAGUAUCAAAUCAAGUUCCUGCGCUCAAACAACGCGAAGGUACGAAUGCGGGUAACAGUAAUAACAGCAAUAACAACAACAACAAUACCACCAGCAAUAAUCACAAUACGCAUGGGGCUAGCAAUAAUAAUAAUAAUAAUAACAAUAAUAAUAAUAAUAAUCAUUCAACAAGUAAUAAUAACAACAACAACAAUAAUAAUUCAGCAUUAAAUGGUGGUGCAAGCAGUUUAUUUGAUAGUACACAAGCUGCAUACGGGGUAGGUGCCGGUGCCGGUGUAGGUGGAGGCAGUGUUGGUUAUGAACCUAGUUAUGCUGCAGCAUAUCACCAUCACCAUCAUCACCACUCACACCAUCAGGCAGCAACGGCUGGAAUGUUUCAAAAUGCAGCCAGGCAAGCGGGUAUGAGCAGCCAAGAUGUUAAGCCACAAAGGACGAAGCCACGCACUAGUGCCGAAGGCCGAGAAUGUGUAAAUUGUGGCGCCACAUCAACGCCAUUAUGGCGAAGAGACGGAACCGGACAUUAUCUUUGCAAUGCAUGCGGAUUAUAUUACAAAAUGAAUGGACAAAAUCGACCACUAAUAAAGCCAAAGCGAAGACUGACUUUGCAGUCGUUGCAGAGCGCGGCCAAGCGAGCGGGGACAUCGUGUGCGAAUUGCAAAACCACAACAACAACCCUUUGGCGGCGGAAUGCUAGCGGUGAACCAGUAUGCAAUGCCUGCGGUCUUUAUUAUAAACUACACAAUGUUAAUCGUCCUCUAACAAUGAAAAAGGAGGGCAUCCAAACGAGAAAUCGAAAGCUUUCGUCCAAGUCAAAGAAAAAGAAGGGGCUUGGCAUGCAAGGGGCAUGUCUUCCAAUUGGUAGUCAUUUGGGUAUGAGUGAUUUAAUGAAACCAUUGGAUAGUAAACCAUUUGGAGGUGGUUUCUCGGCGUCAAUGGGACAACAUGGACACCUUUCUGGAGGCUUACAUCCAGCUCACGCCCAUAUGCAUGGCGGAUGGUAUGCUAGUGGAAUGGGUGCAUUGAGUGCCUCAAGUGGAUUACAAGGAGGCUUUUCAACAGCCGGCUCAUUAGGCGGAGGUGUUGUACCUCAUUCGCAGUCAUACCAUUUAGGACUUAGCUCCAUGGGCACAUGGAGGCCUGACUACACGUGAUGGAGCGGGAAUAAUUUAAAUUGCAAUAUUUUUAAUUAAAAUUUACUUCAAAUGCAACUAAAACCGAUUUAAAAAAAAAAUUAUGUUUUUCACCACCAAAACUUUAUAUUCUGAUGACUUCUGUACCGCCAACUAUUUUAUAAUAUCUAUCUGCAACUGGGACGUGCAAACUGACGUCAUAUCCUCUCGCAAAACAUAUAUAAAUCAGUUAUGACCUCUUUUGUACCUUUUCUUACCUAUUCGUCCGUCAUCAUCAUCGUCUUUUGGUCUAUAAGCAGUCAGCCAAGUGAAUUUAUGAGCUUCGACAUUCUAUUUAUACCUACAUCAUUGUCCACAAGUCCACCAUGCCACAAAAUCAUGCAAUUAGUGGUCGCAACAACGGCUGUCGGACUAAGGGAACCCUUUUUUUACUAACUUCGUCGUCGUCCUGAUGGUCACUUGAAAUGCCAUUACCACCCUCAAAUCAAAAAAAUGGCUGGCUAUAUAUUUUAUAAUUUGGUUGUAACGGGUGUAUGUGGUUUAUAAAAAGGGGAUGUAUAAAUGGGGAUUUGGGAAGGGGUAUAGAACAAAAAAAAAAAAAAAACAGGGACCCAGUGCGUUUUAAUUUUGAUUUAUAUCAGGCGUAACCUUAAUUUAUUUUAGUAAUGAAAACGAGCUACGAAAUAAAUUACGUGCAAUUCCUAUUAUUUAAGGACC